AUGUCUGUUCGCCUUAUCUGGGAAGAUUACUCAUGUCGGGUGACCAGUGUCUGCUGGGCUCCAGACGACAGUGUAAUUGCUCAAACAAGUGAGGACAAAGAACUAAGGCUGUGGGAUCCGAGGUCAUUCAACGUUGUUCACGUGUUCCCAAAGAAGCAGAACAUUCUCAGCUGCUGUGCGGUGAGCGAGGACGGACUUCACUGCCUGUCCGGCAGCAGCGGCUGCAACAGCACGGGGUCCGAGCUGACACUGUGGGACCUGCGGCAGCGGAAGCCCCUGUGUGAGUUCAGAGGUCACGAGCAGGGCGUCAGCGGCUGCGUGUUCCUGCCCGUCAACCACGGCGGCCAGCAGAUGGUGGCGUCCUGCGGCGCCGACUCGACCGUGCGCGUCUGGAACGUGGAGUCCAAAGAUUGCGUAGGUUUGUUCAUGCUGGAAGGCCGUGGACCUGUCACCGGCAUAGCUGCCUAUCCAGAUUACAGCAUCCUGGCAUCGACCUUCAACCAAGGAAUUCACCUCUUGUCGUUGGACUACACUAACUCACACUACCCACAGCUCAAGCGAAAACUGCAAUUCUAGAUCUUGGCUUAAAGUUGACAUGCCGCUACGUUUAUCAUGUCAAUGGUCACUCGGGACGGUCUUCUCGUAGGCACGAGGUAAUACUGAUAUAUGAACAUUAUUAUUCGACUUGAAAAAAAAGUCAAAACGAGCGAAUUUCGUGUUAAUAUGUCACUGUAAUAAAAAUCGACGUUGUGAGAGAUGGUCAGGUGCAGGUAUCUUGGUUUACGAUGUCGUUAUGGUGAUGCUGACACUGCUGUUGUUGGUAAUGGGGAUUAACUGAUGUAUGAUGUCUGUUGAUUCGGUUAUAUGAAGAAGCUGUGACGCACGCACGUACAUUUAUGGCCAUCAGUAUAACGUCAUGACAAUCGAUUGCAUGCUACGCAGCCAAAAUAACGAAUAGUAAAAACGUUUCUUCUGAGUAAAUUAAUAACUACUAUUGUAAAAACCUACAGUGUCGGGGUACUUUAUUUCUUUGGUGAAAAAAAAGUUUUCCGGGGGAAUUUAUAAUAUCUAAUUCAUUGCAUAGCUGCAGACACAAUUAUGUGACGAUAUUUAGCAGUUAGUUUUGAAUCGGACUGAUGUGCAAUUAAAGCAUUGAUAUUUUUAUAGUCCACAAACGUCCUUUGUAUUGCUGCUGCACACGUACACUGCUUUUAGGUAAUUAAUCUAUGUCCGUUCCUCUGUGUAUCUUCACUUAUAUCGGCGGAUGUACUUUACACCCGAACUUCGCUAAUGGCAGAAACAUUGUAACGAUAAAUAAGAAGAGUGACUAUUCUAUUCACCUUAAUAUGUCUGUUCGCCUUAUCCGGGAAGAUUACCCAUGUCGGGUACUUGUACACCUGCAGAGCGUUACCGUAAUAUUCUCAUAAUGUAAUUAAAGGGGGGGGAAGAUGCAGAGAAAGGAUAUAAUUAGUUAGGAUGGAGGGUUGUUAUAUUCUCCUGAUGCAUUAGUGAUAUUGGGAAAAGAAAUAAAUUGCUUGGGGGUGGGGUGGGGUGAUACUAGAAGAAGAAUAGCGUGACAGAGGGACAACGAGAGAGAGAGAAUCGAUGCAGUUAGUGUGGAUGUUUAAAUGUCUAGUAUUCGAUUAUUCCCAUGUGGAAUGCUAGAUAGCAGCUAUUUAUUUCGUAGUGUUUGUUUAUUAAUGCAAUUUAUUUAUUUUUUUACGUAGUCUUUAUUCUUUAAGUGGCUACGUUGGUUUUAAUGUGUGCCGAGUUAAACACUGUAUCAGAAGGAUCUAGUCAUCGAUUUAUUUCCAAGCAUUGGCUACAUUUCUCAGAGACAUACUCUUUAUUUGAGGAUGUUGCCAGAUGUGUUUAUUAUAUCGUCUGUAAUUUCGAAUCAUUACUGUGUGGUAUAACAAAGAAAAGCAAGCUAAACUAGUGCAAUACCGGCCAAUUAAUAACUCCAUUGCAGUUUGCAUUGUUUGCCCAUACGUUGUCACUGCAAGAUUUCACAUUUGGUGUCAGACAAUGACCUGAUAUUUCAUCAACCAAAGUGCUUACUUAAUAAUCCAUCACGCAUGCCACAUACACAAAGAUGCACGUGUUCACGUAAAGACAUGGAAGAUAUUUUUUGUAUUUUUUACAGAAUAAAACGGGACCAUAAAUAGUUUAAACCUCUGUGUAAGACAAUCUGAUGUAGUCGUCACGUUGAAUCUUAUAGUGGUUUCUGAUGACUUUGAAACUAACUACGGAUAAUGUGGAAUGUCCGUCUGCUAUGCUAUCACUGGCAAACGUGUAAACACGUAACCACGUCUAUUUCCUGUUGUUUUUGCUUGCACGCACAUCAGAGGGGUAAAUAUGUACAUGUUAUGUAGCGCUCAACUUUUGUGAUGUAAUAAACUUACUCAUGAUGUUGUGAGAUGAAAUGAAA